CUGUUACCUAGAAACCAGCCGGAGCCGCAGCGACCAGCGGGCGGAGCAGCAGCACUCAGUCCGGCUGCGGAGCGCCGAGCGCGGCGUGGCGGAGCGCGGUGGGGCCGGGACGCGCCUGGAGGUCUCCGGUUUCCCCGCUGAAAGCCUCGGAGCGGCGGACCGCGCAGCCCGGAGCCUGGAUCUGGAUCUCUGCCGAUGUGAAUCCGAUCCUCCUCUGGUUUUCUGUCCACGGCGGAGCGACAGCCGCGUCUCAACAUGGGGGGCGCCUCGCCGGGCGGGGCCGCGUGGGAGAACGGCAGCCUGGCGCCCGGCGUCCCGCUGUUCCUGUUCAGCGACCAGAACGACUCGCUGCUCAACGCCACCAACUCCACCGCCGCCCUGGACGGCGCCGGGCCCAGUGCCGCCGCCGCCGUCCUCAUCACGCUCAUCUACGUCGUCGUCUGCGUCAUCGGCCUGGGCGGGAACACGCUGGUCAUCCACAUCGUGCUGCACUACUCCAAGACCGAGUCGGUCACCAACAUCUACAUCCUGAACCUGGCCAUCGCAGACGAGCUGUUCAUGCUGGGCCUGCCCUUCCUGGCCGUCCAGAACUCGCUGCAGGCCUGGCCCUUCGGACCCUUCAUGUGCCGACUCGUCAUGACCGUCGACUCCAUCAACCAGUUCACCAGCAUCUUCUGCCUCACCGUCAUGAGCGUCGACCGCUACCUCGCCGUCGUUCACCCCAUCCGCUCCUCCAAGUGGCGGCGCCCUCCGGUGGCCAAAGUGGUGAACGGCACCGUGUGGGCUCUGUCCUUCCUGGUCGUCCUGCCGGUGGUGAUCUUCGCCAACAUCCAGAAGGCGGGAGGAACCUGCAACAUCAGCUGGCCGCAGCCGGCCAACAUCUGGAGGGCCGCCUUCAUCAUCUACACCUCCACCGUGGGUUUCUUCUGCCCGCUGCUCAUCAUCUGCCUCUGCUACCUGCUCAUCGUCUUCAAGAUCCGCAGUUCGGCCAAAAAGGUCCACGCCACCUCAACCAAAAGGCGGAAGUCGGAGCGGAAAGUGACGCGAAUGGUGGUGAUAGUGGUGGCGGUCUUCGUCUUCUGCUGGCUGCCUUUCUACGCCCUGAACAUCAUCAACCUGCUGGUGUCUCUGCCGUCGGACUACCAGGGGCUUUACUACUUCGUGGUUGUGCUCGGAUACGCCAACAGCUGCGCCAAUCCCAUCGUCUACGGCUUCCUGUCCGACAACUUCAAGAGAGGUUUCCGGAAGGCUCUGUGCCGCUCCACCAGGAAGGUGGAGAGCCACGAACCGGCGGAAGGUCCGCGGCAGCAGGACGAGGGGCGGCGGGCGCUGCUGCCCAGGGAGAGCCUGCGGCGGGCCGUCCGCCACGACGAUGACGACGAUGAAGAUGCGUCUGAAAUGACUGAGAUCUACCAGAUCACCCAGAACGGGAACGGCGGCUUCCCGCCUCAGGCCGCGGAGAGAGCGGCGGAGAGUCCGACCCCGGACCGGGGCGACAGCGGCGGGGAGCCCAGAGGGAAGGAACCGGCCAACGGGCCGACCCUCACCGGGUCGGUUCUGACUGUCCCGCUGCUGCUGAACGGAACCAAAAACGGAAGCGUGAAAACUCUGCCGGAGGAAAACACGGAACAGAGCCCCUCACUGGAGAUAAGUUAUUUAUAGUGUAAAAUAAGAAAUAAAAAAAUAGCUGAAUGUCAUGGUGGCCUUCAAUGGCGUCCAUACAGUCUGUGUGACUAUAAUCUGUAGAUAUUUGCAUAUCUAGAUGUAUAACUGUGCCUUUACCUGCUCUUAGGUGUUAAAUGUUGGUUUGAACAGAAAAUUAGAGGAAAAUUCAUAAAACCAUCUGCAGUGUGAACUAAGAGAUCGAUACUGAGUAAAAACUGGGCUCGGAUCGCCGAUACUAAUUCCUAUAACGAUACUUUUCUCUUGAGAUGUCACUGAAUAUCUUCAAUAGUUUAACAGAAGUUUUAUCAUAUUCAACCAUAUUCACAUCUGCAAACAUUUUAAAAGCUAUGAAGUCCUGAAGAAGUGAUUUUUUUAUAUUUGGGAUUUGAACUGUCAGCAAAUUCCAGAAACUUCCUGGGAGAGAAACUGCAAACAAAUUAUUGAUCUUAUCCAUCUAUCGAUCUGACACCAAUACUCACCUUGGUAUUGAUAAUAUUGGUAUUUCGAUCGAUAAAAACCAGAUUCUACUUCUCCAACUAUUAGCUUUAAGAUCUGCAGGUCUAGAUGUGAUUGGCUGCAACCUGCCGAACUGAAUGUUUGUUUCUUAGAACAAUACGGGGAGCAAAACCUGCAGAAACCAUCAAAAUAUGUUGUUGCUUUGUGAAUUUUCCUCGUUUUGUUAAAUCUUUGUCAGAGUGAUCAGUUGCUAUUUUCUUUUUUUUUAAAGUGUUGCAGAAAGUACAGUCAGCAAACAGAUUAAAACUUUAACAGUGAAGCUUCUUCAUAUGUAAUUUAACUCCCAGAUUCUCCUGAGUUUGUUGAGUUUCUGUUGAGUUUGUUGUAAUAUUUUCAUUUUGCUCCAGAACAAAAGGAUUCCACUGGUUUUGUUUCUGCUCAGAUUGAUUUCUGGAACGCCUGCCGGAGCCCGACGUCAACAAAAGUCCUUCACAGUUCAGUUGUUCUGCUUGGCUUUGUGCGGCUAACGCUCUGAAGGUCAGCCUCUAAAAAGCUGCAGGUAAACAAUCUAACAUCACUGUGGCAAUUCAGCACAUUUGGAGAAAUAUUUAUUUCAUAAAUGACAAGUAGAGCGACGCUUUUAUGAUUCCGAUUCAAGGACAAAUUUCACAUUCCAGUUAGAAAUGAAAAUCCAGAGAGAAUUCAAAACAUCUUUCAACUUAUAAAACCUUGGCUGCGCAGGCCACGCCCCCUUGGCUGUACAGGCCACGCCCCCUUGGCUGCACAGGCCACGCCCCAUUGGCUGCAGGCCAGCUGCAUGCUCUGCAGAUCAACUUCUGAGAUGUCUGGUUGCUUUUAUUGCAGAACUAUGAAAUGUUUAAUUUAGACCAGAACGUUUUAAGAACUUCCUGUUUCACUGAGCAUCAAAAGUUCGUUUAUGUGUCAAAAGGUGUAAAAAAAAACAAAACAACUAACUUUUUCUCUUAGUACCAAACAAUCUGCAGACAUUAUAUAUUAUCUGCUGUUGAUAACAUUGUAACUGUUUUCCAGUUUUCAUUCCUUUUUCUAACCUUUGAACUCGUCAGGCUGCAUUAACUUUCCAUCAAUUCUCAUUUUUAACAACUGAAUGUUCAUUAGAGAACCCAGAUAUAUCAGCUUAGAUCAGUGCUGUUUACAAUGAAUCUACGUUGCUUUCUUGUGCGUGUUGUUCCUGUUGAGCCGUCUGUGAGUUCAUUAGAUCCGUUUCUUGGAUGGAAGCUGUAAUUUGGAUGUUUUUCCCGUUUCUCCGUGUGAGCAGCUCAGACAGCCGCUGACGAGCUGCCGGGUGUUUCUGUGGGUUCAUCUCAUUCAGACACGUUACAGUGUCAUCAGCAGCUCUAGGUGUGAUUCACAUGUUACUGUUCAGCGGAUGAGCCUGGCAGCAUCACGGCUCCGGUCCGGUCCGGUCCGGUCCGGUCUCUGCGUCAGAACUGAACUAGAAUGAAACAGCAGCAUGAAAACACGUGGACGCCUCAGAGCCUCAAGCUGAAGAAGGAAAGGCUGAGAAAGUUUGAUUCACAAACCACAGAAAUGUAAAAACAUGCAGAAAUAUGCAGGAUUGUACAUUUUUAUUUAUUUGUGGGAGAAUAUUAGCAUAAACAUUCUGAAUUUUUCAGCCAGUCAGAUUAUUUAUUAUGGCAACAAUCAGCAGCAACCAGUUUGAGUUUCUCCAGUUAGGAUAUUUAUAAAGUAUUAGUCCAUAACAUACGAUGAUCAUAUAUUGAGUUAAUUACAGAAUCUGUAAUUAAUCGCAUUCUAGUCAAAAACAUACAACCAUUUAUUGUAAAAAAUGAGCAAUAUUUCAAAAAUAAAAACACAUUUUUGCUGCUAAAAAAUUUGCUGCACAUUUUUUAGUUUUUAGUCUGUUCUUUAACUAUCAGAUUGGAGCAAAGAGUUUCAGGACGUCCUGGAGCUUCUUUAGACGCUAACAUUAGCAUUGUGCUACAUGUUAGCAUUCAGAUGCUAUUUUAGCCUUUAAUAGCUUCAAUGCUAGGCUAACUCCCACAACUAGAACACAACAAUAGUCUUUUCCAGGGUCCAAUCAGAUCGUUUAGAAACAGAAACUAACCAGAGAGAAGCGGCUUCAUCCUGCGUCGCUGUUAGCGGACGUAGCUGUGCGUCAGGUUUACAGGCGUACCAGAAACACGAUACAAAGGUUCCGGCUCGGGAUUUUUGUAUGUAAAAUAAAAUUUGUGAUUAAUUGUGUAAAAAAAAAAAAGCAUAACAUUCUGUGUGAUUAAUUAAUCGAAAUAUAUUCAUUAAAGUCACUUGUGCAUAA